AUGUCUAAUUCAAAAUUUGAUAAAUUGGAUAGUCUUGCAGAAAAUUCCAAAGAUUGGACUCUUCAAAAUGAUAUUGAUUUAAAAAAUAUACUUGAAGAAUAUUCAAAAAAUUUAAUUAAAUCAAGUGAAGGAUUAAAUGAAGGAAUUAAAAAAUUAAAUGAAAAUAUGGAGAAAAUUGAUGUUAGAUUGGGAAAUGUUUUUAAUAAUUUAAAUUAUUUAAAGAUGACGAGACUUGUUGAAGAGAAGGUUGAUGAUAUUUCUCUAGAUACUCUUGUUCAAAGAAAUCAACGAAAUGUUAAUGAAAAGAAGAAUUUAACAAAAGAAGAAUUUGAACAACAAACAAUUCAGACAAUUUCUUCUUCAAUUAUUAAAGCUUUUCAAAAAAUUUCUGAAACAAAUAUUCCUAUUACUGAGGGGUUUUCUACUUCCGAUCCUUUAGAUCCUUGUAGCAGUUCUCAAAUAAAAAAUUCUGAUUUUAAUAAAGAAAUUGAAAAUCCUUUUGUUAAAAUGUGCAAAUUUCCUCCAAUUAUUGGAUCGAAGGAGUCUUUUAAUUAUUCAAGAAGGGGAGUUGUAUUGAAGGAAAAUACUCCAAAUAUUACAACAAAUGUUGAAAAAAGUUCAAUACAAAAAGUCACUUUAAAAGAAGAGGAUAUUCAAUCAACGUCUUCUGGACGUUCUAUUCCUCCUCAAGAUCCGACUGCUGGAUUUAAUCAAACAAAAACACUUCUUGAUCAAAUGGUUGCAAAAAUGGCUGAGAAAAGUAGGGCAAUGGGAAUUGAACAGGGAAAUUCUGAACACUCUUCUCUUUCUCAAGGGUUAUCUUUGGAAAAUUCGGGUAAAACUACAAGUCCAUCUUUUUCUUCAACAAGUUAUGAAACUUCAACAAGUUCGCGACCUGCUGAAAAAAUACAAAAGCCAGAAAAUGCUCAUUUCAUAAAUGAAAAAACUUCAGAAAAAUCUUCAAUUCAUUCUUCUAAACAAUCUACUAAUUUUAUUAAAAAUCCAAUUUCUGCAAAGGAAAGAGAUGAAGAAUUAUUUUCAAGUACAGAAAGUGAUGAUUAUGAAGAUAAUACAAGUAUUUUUUCAUCUAAUACAAAGAAAUCUGUAACGAGUGGAAUAUCUAAUGAACAACAAAAAGUUCCUUCUAAUAUUGUUAAUAUUCCAAAAGAUGAUCGAAACAAUGUAGUGAUUCAACAUUCUUUGGAGACAAAAGAGUUCGAGAAGACUUCAAAACCUUCAAAUAAUCAAUUAAAUUCUUCCAAACAAAAUCAACAAUUGACGGAACAAUCAUUUACUUCUUCACAAAAUCAAGUUUAUAUUAAAAAUGAUAAAAAAGAGUCCAAAACUGGUGAAUUUAGUUCUGUUUCUGGAAGAGUUAAAGGUCCAGCAUCGAGAAGAGCACCUUCACAUUUAAAUGUAAAAUUACAAAAAAAUAAUAAUUUGGAUGAAAAUUCUAAAUUAAAUGAGGAAUUUAAUAAAUCUAAAGAAAAUGAAAUAAAAGAAUUGGAAAAUAGGAAAGAAGAUUUGGAAAAAGAAGUUGUAAAACCUAUAGAAAAAUUAGAAGUUUUAAAAGAAGACCCAAAAAUUAUAAAAGAAAGUUCAAAAGAACUUCCAAAACAAUUAAAAGAACAACCAAAAUCAGAAAAUACCCACCAAAAAUCAACUGCAAUAUUUAAUAAUCCCAAACCAAUAAAGAAAGGUCUUUCAAUUUUCUCUUCGAGUAGUGACGAUGAUUUUGAUUUAAAUAUUAAUAAAAAAAUUGUAAAAGAAAAAGUUGUAGAACAACCAAAACAAUUUAAACAACAAAAAGUUGAAAAUAUUGGAGAAAUAAAACAACAAAAUGUAGAAAAGUUGAAAUCAAAACCUGGUGAAUUUUUUUAA